GUCACCAUUACGUGUCUGUCAGAAUUUUAGUUAUACAACGGUUUGAAUAAAUGCCACACUGAAGCGUCCCAAGCUUUCAUGGCCCUGCAAUUGCAAAUCGGAAGUUCUGAGUCCACUGAGUUGGUACCGGGUUUGCCUGAAGAAGUCGGCCUUGAGUGCUUGACUCGGGUGCCUUACACGGCUCAUGCAGUCGCUUCCCGAGCCUGCCGGCGAUGGCACGAGCUUCUAAAAAGUAAGGAGUUUUAUCACCAUAGAAAGAAAUCUGGGCAUACCCACAAAGUCGCUUGCUUGGUGCAAGCUCUUUCUGGUGCAAACAAGUCUUCUACUGAGCGAAAACGCAGUAGCUCACCGAGUUAUGGGAUCACCGUGUUUGACCCAGGGGGCGUAGGGACUUGGGAACUACUCGACCCGGUUCCCAAGUAUCCCGAUGGGCUGCCUCAGUUUUGCCAAUUGGCGAGAUGUGAAGGCAAGCUGGUUGUGAUGGGCGGCUGGGACCCUGUGAGUUACAACCCGGUCACCGACGUUUUCGUGUACGAUUUCACGACGAGUCGGUGGCGACAAGGCGCGGACAUGCCCGCGAAGCGCUCGUUCUUCGCGAUCGGCGCUUAUGAGGGCCGAGUCUGCGUCGCGGGCGGGCAGGACGAGAACAAGAACGCGUCGAGUUCGGCGUGGGUUUACGAUAUGAGGCGGGACGAGUGGGCGGAGUUGACUCAUCUGAGUCAGGAGCGAGACGAGUGCGAAGGAACGUUGAUUGGGGACGAGUUUUGGGUCGUCAGUGGGUACAGCACGGAGAGGCAAGGGGUGUUCGAAGGAAGCGCCGACGUGUACGGAUUCGGGUCGGGUCGGUGGAGACGGGUGGACGGGGUUUGGGAGCCGGGUCAGUGUCCGAGAUCAUGUGUUGGGGUGAGGAGAGAUGGGAAACUGGCGAGUUGGGCGGAGUCGGACUCGGCGGUCCGAGUUGGGAGUUGUGGGGUUAUGUUGGGGGCACGGACCCUGGUGACAGGGUCGGCCGACCAAGGUGCGCCACAAGGGUUGUAUAUGUUGGAAAUGGAGAGGGAAGGGAGAAAUGGUAAAUUGGUGAGGAUCAGUGUGCCCGAUGAGUUUUGUGGCUUUGUUCGAUCUGGCUGCUGGGUGGAGAUUUGAUCAAAUCCCGCGUAUCAGACUUGUGGGGAUAUGUUUUUGUUUUUAUUUUUUAUUUAUUUUUUUCACUUUUUUCUUUUAUAAUAGAGAUAAGUUCUUUUAAGAAAUAUUAAUAGCUUUUAUUGCUUAAUCGAAAAUAGAAGCUGGUUAGUUUUUUCCUGAUUAGAGAAGCCUUUGAUCUGGUGGAGGAAUUCCAGAAUGCUAAUUUGCGUGCUGAAGACCUUGGGCAAGGGGGCAGUCCCCCAAUGGCAGAUGGAUCAAACCAGCGCCAAACUAUAUUAAAAUCAACUGGGACGCAGCAUUGGAUGGCCGGAAAAAACUUAUGGGGAUAGGGAUCGUUGCUAUGGAUUCCCUAGGAGAAGUGAAGGCGGCCAAGUGUGAAGUUUUUCCUUACAUCAGGGAUCCAGUUGUUGCGGAAGCUGUCGGCGCUCGGUGUGCUGUUUCUUUUGGCCGUAAUUUGGGGUUUCAAUCGGUCGAAUUGGAGGGUGAUGCCCGAGAGAUCAUCCUGGCCCUAAGCAAUCUGGAGGAAGUCGAUUCCAUCCAUGGGCAUUUUUUGAUCGAGACAAGACAGAUGUUGGGAUCGUUGUUUUCCUGGAAGUUCUCCCAUGUGAGACGCGAAGGAAACAUGGUUGCUCAUAAUCUAGAUAAACUAGCUUUGUCCAAACAGUUUAAUCGUGUGUGGCUUAACUCUUGUUCCAGUGAGUUGUUGUAUGCUGUUAAUGCUGACAUUUAUUAAUGGAAGCUGGUUAGUUAAUGUUA